UAAGCUGCAACCACCGUGCCGUACAAGAGGGCAGGCUUCUUGUUGAUUUUACUUGAUAUAUAUAUAAUUAUAUACAUGUCCAAAUAUCAGCAGAUACUUAUAUAUAUAGAUCUAUAUAUGUUGCUUGUGCACUUGUGAUUGUUCCUCAUGAGAUCCAUUUAGGUUUCGUGUGCCUGCUAGCUACCAUGGCGGUAGCUCACCUUCUUCUCCAACACUCCGCUGCCACGGGCAAUGCUGCUCGGAACAGGGUGGUUCCUCCUGCCAUUCUCUUGGUUCUUCAGCUUCUCUGCGGAGCGCUGGGCGCUGACGGCGCGACGUCGUUCCGCUUCACCAACGCCUGCCAGCACCCGGUGUGGGUGGGCGCGCUCCACGGCGCGAGCUCGCCGCCGCUCGCGCGCUCCGGCUUCUAUCUGGCGCCGUCCGCCACGUCCCGCCUCGACGCGCCGUCGUCGUCAAGCUGGUCGGGCACGUUCUGGGCUCGCACGGGGUGCGCCGUCGACUCCGCCACGGGCCGCUUCUCCUGCGCCACGGCGGACUGCGGUACGGGCGACGUCGCCUGCGAGGGCCGCGGUCCGGCGCCGCCCGUGUCGCUCGUAGAGGUCACCCUCGCCGUGCCCGGCAGCGGCGGGCAGGACUUCUACGACGUGAGCCUCGUCGACGGGUUCAACGUGCCGGUGCGCGUGGCGCCCUCGGGCGGCGGCGGCGGGGACUGCCGCCCCGCUGCGUGCGCGGGGGACGUGAACGCCAUGUGCCCCGCGGACCUCCGCGUCGUGGCCGCGUCCGGCGGCGUCGUGGCGUGCAAGAGCGCCUGCAACGCCUACGGCAGCGCGCGCUACUGCUGCACGGGGCAGUACGGCACGCCGGCGGCGUGCGGGCCCACCAGCUACUCGCAGGUGUUCAAGAGCGCCUGCCCGGCGGCGUACAGCUACGCCUACGACGACGCCAGCAGCACCUUCACGUGCUCCGGCGCCUCCAGCUAUGACGUCACCUUCUGCCCUGGGAGUUGAUCAAAGUGAUGAUCAGAGUGAAAUAAAAAAUUGGUCACAGGAAGAUGAGGUUUGGAGAUUAUAUUCCUUGAUAUGUUGGUAAUAAUUGAAGAGCAGUGGUCGUGUUUAGGGCCAGACUAGCAUAUGGUGCUUCGACCAUGAAGUCAAUAGGAGUAAAAGCAAAAAGAUGUUAAUAUGCACAGAAGGCAACACACAAAACACAUACCGAUUGAAUUUAUUGAAUACAUACUCUUUAUGAAAAGGAGGUGGUUCAACGAUAUCAUGUAAUGAGAUAUUUUGUACGUUUGGAUGGUGCUACACUUUCAACA